ACCACCCCACCCCACCCCACCCCAAAUUUUAAGAACCAAAAACACACUUUAAAUUAAUAAUUAAACCAUUCAUCCCCCCUAAUUAACCAAUUAAACCCCAUCAAUAAUUAUUUCGUCACCCCCACAACUCCUCCCGUUUUUCCUCGCUCUCUAUCAUCAUCAUUCAUCACCCUUCCAUGGUCCAAGAGUUGAAGAAUGAGAAGAAGAGGGAUGUCAUUUUAACAAAUCCAGUCUCUCUAGAUGGGGAUUCCAACAAUGAUUACAAGCCCCCUAAUGUUCUUCAAAUGGUGUUUAGUCUCCUCAACAAUGUUCGACCAGGAGCUGAUCUUACUCGUUUUCAGCUACCUCCAUUGUUUAACUUGCCAAAAUCACACCUACAAUGUUAUGGAGAAUCAGUAUAUUGUGUGAACAAGGACAUGCUAAGCAAGUGUGCCAAUGGAGAGACUGCCGAUGAUCGGAUGAUCGCCGUUGUUGCUUGGAGCAUAUCAACCGUUCGUCCGUUGAUGUUUGGGGUUGCCCCGUACAACCCCAUUCUUGGUGAGACUCAUCAUGCUUCUAGAGGCACCCUCAAUGUCUUACUUGAACAAGUUUCUCAUCACCCACCAGUAUCAGCACUGCAUGCAACUGAUGAGACCAACGGUAUCGAACUCAUUUGGUGCCAACAUGCUGUCCCCAAGUUUCAGGGAACAACUGUUGAAACUGUGGUGCAUGGGAAAAGGAAGCUAAAUCUUGUACAGAAAGGAGAAAGUUAUGUGAUGAACUCUCCAAAAUUAUUGAUAAGAUUAUUGCCAAAGCUUGGUGUUGAUUGGGUUGGAAAUGUGAGAAUUAAAUGCCAAGAAACAGGUCUUGAAGCUGAAUUAUCCUUCAAAACUGCUUCUUUUAUGGGAUUUGGAGGUGGCAACAGAUCUAUUAAAGGAAAGAUCAUGCACUCAUCUAAGACUUUAUAUGAAAUUCAUGGCCAAUGGGACAGGAUUGUCAAAAUAAAGGAUGUUAUCGAUGGGAAGACUAAAGUUCUAUACAAUGCCAAAGAUGUUAUAUCUAAACUUCCUUCCUCGACUUUAAGGGAUCCAAAGGGAGUGUGGCAAAGUGAAUCAGCAGCAGUAUGGGCAGAAGUGAGCAAAGGAAUAAUAAGCAAAGAGUGGGAUAAAGCAAGAGAGGCAAAGAGAGCGGUGGAGGAAAAAGAAAGAGAGCUCCAUAAACAAAGGAAAUCCAUUGGAGAAAUUUGGGUUCCAAAGCAUUUUGAUUUGUGUUACACCUUGGAAGAUGGCUGGGAUUGCAUACCUAAACAAAACACCAUUCCACCUGCUCCUAUUAGUUUCCCUAUUUGAACUUUCUACUUGGCUACUUGCUUAACAAAAAAAUGAUGUUACAUAUAUCUAAUUUAUUACUCCGUGUUCCGGUGUUGAAGUAGAUGAAACAAUGGGCUUCGAAUGAAGGCCCUUUUGUA